AUGGAGGCCAUUUGCCUCUAUUCAGCCGUAUUUCUAUCUCUAGCAAGGAAUUCAGCAGCGAUGUACGGCUGCCCAGGUGGUGGACUUCUUUCGAGUGUUUUGGGUGGUAUUGGUGGAUACGGUGGAGGUUAUGGAUUCGGUUAUGGUAGAUGCGGUGCGGACACGAUUUUUUACCACUGGACGUGCUGCGACUACAACAUAUACGAGUGUUGCAUUCAAUUGGAGACAUGGGUGAUAGUGAUGCUGGUGAUCUUCGGAAUCGGCGUCUUUCUUUGCAUAAUAGCUUGUGUGGCUGCAUGCAUAUGGAAUUACAGCAGGAAUAAUUGA